AUGCACGUGAUCUCUUCGGCGAAAAACCUCAGGAUAGCAAGAAAGUUGAAGGUUCCGGCGAAUCUUGUCGGUUGGGUCCGUUGGUGUUCUUCGUCCUCUUGCCUCCCUUCCCCCAUCGCCCGUCUUCUUCUUCGCCUCACAUUCCUCCAGGCUCCCCUGUGCCAGCCGGUCUGCAGCAUCAUGGCCUGGCAAAGCCCCAAUGGCCUUGUGCACGCCAUGCACUCCAUCCGUCGAGCUGCUCAAUUGCGGCCUUUUAUCCAGCGCUCCGUGAUCUCCGCAUCAUCCCCGGUCUCCUCUCCCUCCACGCCGGCUCUCCUCCAGCAAUGCAAGAAUGCCCGCAGCUAUGCGACAGAAGUAGAACCAGUUGCUGCUCCCCCCAUUGACCUCGACAGUUUCAUCACCAGGCCUGCCCGCAUCAUCCCCGUGUCGCCGGCCUACUUCUCCGGCAGCCCCAAGUUUUUCGACCAUAUGCUUAAGCUGGAAGCUCUUCUGGCCAAGUAUGCCGCAUUACCCACGGUGUCCCCCAGUGAAGCCCCCAGAAUGGCCUGGUUCAAACUGCUCCAGUUCCGUGAUGCCGUGGGCGAGCCCGUCCCGACCAAGAAGUACAAGGGCCUCAUCAAGCUCCUGCAGCGUCUCAACCGCAUUGACCCCAAUGUUGCCCCGGAGGAAGUGCGAACGGCUCUCAACUUCUUCCUCCGUCCGGGUAAUCCGUAUGGAAACAAGCCCGCCCCCAGAACGGUGGAUGAACAGGGCAAGGCCCGUGGUAAGGGCAAGCGCAAGGCGUCCUCGGCGGUGGUGCACCUCGUUGAGGGUGAGGGUGAAGUGUUGGUGAACGGAAAGACGCUGAAUGAGGUGUUCCCUCGUCUACAUGACCGUGAGAGUGCUGUCUGGCCUCUUCGGUGUACGUCACGGCUGGACAAGUAUAACGUGUGGGCUACUGUUCGCGGUGGAGGAGUGACCGGUCAGGCGGAGGCUAUUACACUGGCUGUUGCACGGGCUCUGUUGGUUCACGAACCGGCUCUUAAGCCUAUCCUGCGGAAGGCUGGUGUGGUUACCGUGGAUGCCCGUCGUGUGGAGAGAAAGAAGCCCGGUCAUGUCAAGGCCCGCAAGAUGCCCACCUGGGUCAAGCGGUGA